AUAGUUUUCACACAACAACAGUCCUCACUCACACUUGCUCUCUUUGCAUUCAAUUUUCUGUCUUCUCUAGACAACAAUGGCUAGAUUCCUCAGCAUUCUCUUACUUUUCGUGGCUUCCAUGCUUGUUUUGCAUGCUGGAAAGCAGGGUGCUAUUGCAGGAGAUACAACUUCUACCCUGCUAAAGGCACAAGGCAACCAUGGAACGUACGGGACCACACCGGGCAGCCUCCAUCCUCAGGAAUGUGCUCCAAAAUGUACAUACAGAUGCUCAGCCACAUCCUACAAGAAACCAUGCAUGUUCUUCUGUCAAAAAUGCUGCGCAAAGUGUCUGUGUGUGCCCUCUGGCACCUAUGGCAACAAGCAAACUUGUCCUUGCUACAAUAAUUGGAAGACCAAGAGAGGAGGCCCCAAGUGCCCCUGAAUUUAUUAACAAAUAUUUGUCUGUGUCACCACUUCUAAAUUAUCAUAUCUAAUUAUUAAUGAAUUAGCCUAUUGUUUUGCUUAAUUUGUAACCAAUUUGGCAUUUUGUUUUCUUAGAUAAAUGCGUUCUCUAUAAGCAACGUGUAAUUCAUUUUUAGUUAUUGAUUUUGGCCCUAUUAUUUUUAAUAA